AUGUCGGAAGCCUCUGUAAUCCCAGCCCCGCCGGGCGUCACGGUCGACUUUGACCACCCGCGGCAGCAAAAGGUGCUGGAGCAUUAUCUGCUCUUUGGUAUUGGCGGUACGAUCGCCUUCAUUGCCCUGUGCCAAAGGUUUUACACCAAGUUGUUCCUCUCCAAGGGGCUGCGAGUUGAUGAUAUUUUGAUGUUUCUGGGAUGGGGUGCCUCCGUUGUCACUCAGGCAAUGCUUGUUGCUUCUAUUGCCAAAGGUGGCAUGUGCGCCCAUGCCUGGGAGAUGCCAAUGUCUAGAUUCGUCCAAUAUUCUAUUGUGAGUCGUGACGCAGAAAGCCUCCAUUACUCAGGUCGUGCUGACCUGGCAAAGACCACCUACGUAACGGCGCCUGUCUUUAUGCUGUGUAAUGGCUCCACAAAGUUGUCCCUCUUGGCAUUCUAUCUUCAACUUUCGCCGCAAAAAUGGUUUAGAGUAGCAGUAUGGACGGGAAUCGCUGUGGUAUCAUUGUAUACAACGUGCAUCACUGUCCUGAUGCUUUUCCACUGCAAUCCCGUCAGGAAAGCCUUCGACUUCACCAUCACCGGCGGAAAGUGCCUCGACGUUGGCAUUCUGUACAUGGCAACGGCUGUGUCUAAUAUCGUUACUGACGUCAUGCUAUUCAUUCUGCCGAUGCCCAUGAUCUUCAGUCUACGCAUGAAGAUGGCAUCAAAGAUUGGCGCUGUUAUUAUCUUUGCCAUUGGAUCAAUGACUGUGGCUACCUCCAUUGUCAGACUUACCUACCUGCCUCCAUUGCUCAAAAGCGUGGAUCCAUCAUGGGACGCCGCCCCUGCGAACAUCUGGACAUUCAUCGAAGCCAAUCUCUUUGUGAUCUGCGGUUCCAUGCCCACCCUGCGAAAGUUCUUCAAGCAUUUCGCGCCAAAACUCAUGGGUUCCUCAACAAACCCGUCAUCGUACGUCAUUGGAGGAUACCGGAUGUCAUACGCGCAUCAAAAGUCAUUGAAUGCCAUGAGGAGCCGUCAACGCAAGCAGUACGAGCAGUUUCCGGACAUGAACGAGAUGCACACGUUCAACACGGAUCGGAAGCGAACGGACGAAGAGGAACCCGGGUUCUCCUCCGUAGUUGUCGCCGCAGGCGGAAGGGGGAGCGGUGACGACAGGAGUGACAAGGCGAUCUUGCAGACAAAAACCGUCACUAUAGAGCGCGAAUGA